AUGCAAUUCACUCUCCUCACCACUGUCAUCGUUGCCUGCAUGACCGUCUUCGUGUCUGCAUCACCAGUCCCUGCACCAGUAGCUGUUGAGGCUCGCAGAAUCGUUCUUCCUCGCGAAGCUGAGGUCGAAGUCGCUCGUGAACCCGAAGCCGAGCCUGAGCCAUUCUGCUCCAAAUACUCUUGCCUCUAA